UUUCUUAAUAUGACGUGGUGGCAAAUAUUAUUUAAUUUCUUCAUGGCUGUGAUAAGACAUUACAAUACUAUUACGCAUCUGGGAUGGUAGUUUCACGCUAGACUGCUUUGCGACAGGCUUUUGCGACAAUCGUUUACAGGCGCCGAAUUUGUAAACUACAGAAAGUCAUGUGUUAAUCAGAAAGGUAAAAUAUUUCCAUAACGAGCUAACAAACCUAGGCAGAUAGAUAGUCAGUUCGUGUUUAAGUUUUAGUCAUGCAUUGCCAUUUUGCCAACUAGCCUGUAAAGUACGUUUUGGUGACACUUUUUGAGCUAGCGCAGUUGAAAUGACCAGCAAUAAGUAAACUAGCUAGCUACGUAGCGUUAGCAGGCCAGCAAACGUAAUUUUAUCCGAUGUAGUUUAGCAUUAACGAUUUUAAUCAUAAACCAGAUUACAUGAAGGCCCGAACAUGUCACUAAUUUAAACUAGCACUGGAAAUUGAACUAGCUAGCUAGUAAACUGAAGUUGUCUUGGUUGGAUGUGAUAUAGUCUAUAGUCUAUACCUAGCAAACUAGCUAGGUCUAAUUGCAACUGUUUUUUGAGAUUACAGAGUUUAAAACAGUCCGUGACAUGGCUUUACUUCGUAUCGAGAUUACUCGCAAAACUAGCAGAUAGAUUAGAAUGAUCUACGUAAUUGAAAGAUCGUUUAUUUUGCGUGGAUUAAGAUUGACCGUUCAGAAUAGGCUUUGCAGACAUAAUUCCGCUGAUAUGAUCCGGAGAACUCAGAUUAAGAAAGUCCUCUGCGUGGCUGAGAAAAACGACGCUGCCAAAGGGAUAGCAGAGAUCAUGUCAAACGGGAGAGCACGGAGGAGAGAAGGCUUUUCAGUGUACAAUAAAAUCUAUGAAUAUGAAUAUCACCUCUUUGGACAGGAUCUGACUGUUUCCAUGACAUCCGUCUCUGGUCAUCUGCUAGGACUAGAAUUCACUUCUGCUUUUCAGAAAUGGCACAGUUGCAAUCCAGUUCUGUUGUUCGAUGCAGAAGUGGAAAAGCAUUGCCCUGAAAACUUUGUCCAGAUUAAGAGGACCCUUGAGAGAGAGAUUCGUCAGUGUCAGGCUCUUGUUAUAUGGACUGACUGUGACCGAGAAGGAGAAAACAUUGGCUUUGAAGUCAUUGAUGUCUGUAAAGCAGUGAAACCGAACAUUCAGGUGUUCAGGGCGCGCUUCUCCGAAAUCACCCCGAACUCCAUUCGUAGGGCCUGCGAGUCCCUGACCCAGCCGGACGUCAACGUCAGCGACGCCGUCGACGUCAGGCAGGAGCUCGACCUUCGCAUCGGAGCAUCGUUUACCAGAUUCCAGACUCUACGUCUGCAGAAGAUCUUCCCCGCCUCGCUGUCCAAUCAGCUCAUCAGCUAUGGCAGCUGUCAGUUUCCCACAUUGGGAUUUGUGGUGGAGAGAUUUAAGGCCAUCCAGGCCUUUAUUCCCGAGACCUUUUUCAAAAUCAAAGUCACCCACGAGAUGGGCGAAGAAGAGGUGGAAUUCGGCUGGAAGAGACACCGCCUCUUCAGUCACACGGCCUGUCUCGUCCUCUACCAGAUUUGUAUGGAGGAUCCCAUAGCAACGGUUGACGCUGUGACGAGUAAACCCAAAAGCAAGUGGCGGCCUUUACCUCUUGACACUGUAGAACUUGAGAAAUUGGCCUCCCGCAAACUGAGAAUAAGUGCUAAAGAGACGAUGAAGAUCGCUGAAAAGCUGUACACUCAGGGGUUCAUCAGCUAUCCCCGUACGGAGACCAAUAUGUUUCCAAAUACCUUGAACCUGACCCCUCUGGUGGAGCAGCAGACGCAGGACGCCAACUGGGGGCCGUUCGCCAGGGGCAUUCUGGAGCGGGGCGGCCCCACCCCCCGAAAUGGGAACAAGUCUGACCAGGCCCAUCCUCCUAUUCACCCCACCAAAUACACAAGCAACCUGCAGGGAAACGAGCAGCGGCUGUACGAGUUCAUCGUACGUCACUUCCUGGCCUGCUGCUCCCAGGAUGCAGUGGGGCAAGAGACCACGGUCGACAUCAGCAUUGCUCAGGAGAAGUUUGCCGCACAUGGGCUGAUGAUCAUAGCCAGGAACUACCUGGACGUGUACCCCUAUGACAGAUGGUCGACCAAGGUCAUUCCCACGUACGAACAAGGCACCCAGUUCCAGCCCACCGCCAUCGAGAUGGUGGACGGGCAGACCAGUCCUCCGCAGCUGCUGAGCGAGGCUGACCUCAUCGCCCUGAUGGAGAAACACGGCAUCGGCACUGACGCGACCCACGCAGAGCACAUCGAGACCAUCAAGAGCCGCACGUACGUGGGGCUGACGCCCGACCAGAGGUUCCUCCCUGGAGAGCUGGGCAUGGGCCUGGUUGAAGGCUACAACUCGAUGGGCUACGAGAUGUCCAAGCCGGAUCUGAGGGCAGAGCUGGAGGCCGACCUCAAGCUCAUCUGCGAGGGCAGGAAGAACAAGGACGAGGUGCUCCGGCAUUACGUGCAGAAGUACAAGGCCAUCUUCAUAGAGUCUGUGAGGAAGGCCAAGAAGCUGGACGAGGCGCUCUCCACUUACCUGGGCGCGGCGCAGGAGAUCUCGGCUCAGGAAGAGGAGCAGAUGGAGAUGCCCAUGCCCGUGCGGAAGUGCCCGCAGUGCAACAGGGACAUGGUGCUGAAGACGAAGAAGGACGGCGUAGGGAAGUUCCUGACGUGUAUGGGUUACCCAGGAUGCAAGACUGUGGUGUGGUUCCCCGACUCAGUCCAGGAGGUCAGCAGAGACGAAGCCGUCUGCCCCACUUGCCAACCGAAUCCUGUGCACAUGCUGAAAUUCAAGUUCAAGAGGGGCAGCCUGCCUCCCACAAUGCCACUGGAGUUUGUGGGCUGCAUCGGCGGAUGUGACGACACGCUCAGAGAGGUCCUGAACUUGAGGUACCUGAGAGGAGGAAGUGACACGGCCAGCCAGGCGGCCAAUGGCACGUCGGGGGCUCACUCGAGGCAGCCACGGCCCCGCCCACAGCCCAGAGCGGAGGGUGGUGGCAGGCCUCCGGCCCCUGGGCCCCCCCCACCCGUGUGGGCGUCGCCCCCUCCCGCGUGGGCGUCGCCCCCGGCGGCCACUGCUGGUGGUGGCAACAGCGCCACCGUGUGUAACUGCGGGCAGGACGCCGUCCUUCUGACCGUGCGCAAGGAGGGGCCCAACCAGGGCCGGCAGUUCUACAAGUGCAACGCGGGGAGCUGCAACUUCUUCCUGUGGGCGGACGAGCCCGGCGGGGCGGGGGGCGGGGGUGGGGGCGGGGGCGGGGGCGGGGGCUUGCCCGGUCAGACCCCUCGGCUCCCCAGGCCGCCCGCGGUCUUUGGCGGGCAAACGCAGCAGAACGGCGGCGGCGGCUUCGGCAGACCCCUGGCCGGGGGCGGGGGCGGGGGCGGAGGGGGGGCCACCAUGUGCAACUGCAACGAGCCGGCCGUCACCCGGACCGUGGGGAAGGACGGGCCCAACAAGGGCCGGCAGUUCCACACCUGCUGCAGGCCGCAGGAGCAGUGCUGCGGCUUCUUCCAGUGGGCGGACGAGCCCGGCGGGACGUCCGCGCGGGCGGGGGGCGGGGGCGGGGGCGGGGGCUUGCCCGGUCAGACCCCUCGGCUCCCCAGGCCGCCCGCGGUCUUUGGCGGGCAAACGCAGCAGAACGGCGGCGGCGGCGGCUUCGGCAGACCCCUGGCCGGCGGCAGGGGCGGGGGCGGGGGCGGGGGCGGGGGCGGAGGGGGGGCCACCAUGUGCAACUGCAACGAGCCGGCCGUCACCCGGACCGUGGGGAAGGACGGGCCCAACAAGGGCCGGCAGUUCCACACCUGCUGCAGGCCGCAGGAGCAGAGCUGCGGCUUCUUCCAGUGGGCGGAUGAGAACCACCCUCCAGGUGCGUCUCCUGCACGUCUCUGUCAGCUGUGUGUGCCCCUCGUUUGUGCUGGAGGAAAGAUGCGACUCACCUUUGACCUCUUUCUGUUGAAAUAG